CUUACCUUGAAGGAUCGACCUGUGGUAGACCUUCUAAGUUUAUUCGACCUUGAAGUACUUUUUGAGUAUACUUUGGAUUACAGGUGAAACACUCAAAAUGUGUUGCUCCUGUGACACUUAUUCAAGUUGCAUCUGAGACAGUCUCCCAGAAAUUUAUAUUAUAAAUCUGGUUUUUGGUGAAUGUGAUAGAAAUGGCUGUUUCUGGCGAAGCGAAACUUCUUGUGAAUUUCACUAUUUUGACAUUCUCCGUGUUCGUUUCUGUAUAUAUGUCUUAUUUCAUCAGUGACCAGUUUAUCUACUACAGGUAAUGUAUCUAAUCUGUUUUAUUUUAUGAAUGGACAAACUUCGUGUUACAUUUUUUUUAUUAUGAAGCAGUGGUAAAAUUCGAUUCGGCUGUCAAAUCUAACACUGGGCAAAUUGUUUUAUCUCUGUAUUUGGUAUUUCCGUGAUUUCAUCUCACUUGGAGUACCAGUUUCCCAGAAGUUGUGAAGUUGUCUGUCUGCGGAGGGGAUCGAUUAUUGGUCAAUGAAUAAAAACGAUUCUUCAGCUGGACGCGAAAGUGCUCAAAAGAAAGCAGCUGUUAUUCAGUCUGUUAAAAAUUUCCUUGGUAUAGGUUUUGGAAUUUUGUCUACACUUUUUGUCGGUUACUUGUCUGAUAAGCGUGGUCGACGAUUUGCUCUUGGGAUCAUUUUGCUUGGAGAAGCAUUAAAAGUGCUGACUGUUAGUGUUGUAGUGUUUUUCAAUCUGUCUCCAUGGAUUUUUGUAUUGUGUGAAAUAUUAGAAGGAGUAAUUGGAGGAGGAUUAUUAUCGGUUUCAGCACAGUUAGCCGCCUGUAUUGCAGAUAUAACCCAAAGUUCGAAAUAUGUUGCUGUACCGGGUUCAAGUACUGAUCAGAUGAAAUAUACAAAAAGAAUGAUAAAAAAGCGUUGGCUUUUAUUCACCUUACUUGAUGCCGUAAUCACUUGUGGGAUGGCUUUUGCGAAUGUACUAUCAGGUUAUAUGAUUGUGCAUUAUCGUUUCUAUGCAACUAUGUUAACAUGUAUCAGCUUUCUAAUUCCACUCCCGAUUAAUUUAUUUUGUAUGACUGAGACAAGAGUACAAGUGGUUCAAGUCGGUGUAACUGUUGGUGAAAAUUCAUCAAAUCAACUGUCUGGUGAUAUUUCAAUUAUUACAAGUGAAGAUAAUGAACCGCAAACAUCACAGGAUAGUUACUCUGUUCAAAGGAAUUCUAAUAAUGGUUGUAUGAAUAAGUUACGCGUCAUAUCAAAUUUACCUCCGACACACUUCAUAUUAUCUAUUAUAAUCUUCAUGUUUUCCAUCUGUGGAAUCACUGAUGUAUCGUAUUUAAGUCUUUAUUUGAUGAGUGAACCUUUCCUUUGGAAUACACAAGCACUCGGUUUAUUCGUAGGUUUAAGAGAUGUAAGCUGUACCUUAGCAUCUGUCUUGUGCGUCACUUUGGUUGUAAGACUUCAGAGUAAUCAGUCUUUGAAAUAUAAACAUGAUAUCAAUGAUAAAGAUACACCGGAAUCUGUGUCUGUUUCAUACAGGAGUAGUACAACAUUUAUCGAUCGUUUAAAGUCUGUGGAUCAGAUUGUUUUGAUUUUGUUGGUAUUUUUUGGAUUGGUCAUUUUCUGCGUUCAUCAAAUCAUUAUGGGCGUAGCGUUUACAUUCCCAAUCCCAACAGCAAAUAUUGUGGUAUAUAUUGCUACAAUACCAAGAUUUACGAAGAGUCUUCAAAUAUCCAUUCUACGAACAAUGUUAUCCAAGUGGACAGAAGUUUCUAACCAAGGUUUAAUUAUGUCCAUAAUUGCGGUGAUCGAACGUCUUGGAAUUAUGAUCAGCGCUACAGUCCUGCCGAUUAUAUAUGCUUCGACAAUAAGCGUAUUCAAAGGGUCGGUGUUUCUGGUUUGCGCCUGCAUAAGCUUCUUGGGAGCAUUGUUAGCUUUGAUCAUACCAAUAUACGCUCCAAGAGUAUCAAAAUGAAUUGUUGUCGCAGUGGAUACUUUUUCUCUCUGUCUAUAACGUUUCAAUCAUCACAGCUGACUAAAACUAUCUUCAUCAAUCAUUGUCUUAAAGACAAAGGGAAAUAAACCACCACUUAUUAUUAUUAUUUAUUUCUUAUAAAUAUCAUUGUCUUUUAAGAAAAAGAGACGGAAUCACCUAAUACAUUUUUUUUCCAAUUUUAAUAAAUUUUCGUUCUAUUAUUGUACACGUUUAAAUCUUCAUUAACACGACUGAUGGUUGAUUUACACUUUAAAAUAGCUUAUUUUGCUUUACAGACUGUGCUUUUGUUGUUAUCGCUAUUGUUACCUUCACAUUUAUGUGAUAACCUAUAGAAUGUGUUUUUAUUUGCAUCGAACAAAUACCUAUAAGUGAUCAUAUGAUGUAUUUUGUGUAGAGAGCUGUCUUUUACAACAGGAAUUUGCUAAUUAAUUAAGCCAAAAAAGAUACAGUCGCGAAUAUAUUGAUAAAACACUGUUACAUUAGUAAAUUUCUUUUCCUCGUGGACUGACAUCAAAGUGAUCAGGAGAGCCAUAACAGUGAAA